GCCGAGAACCUCCGAACCCUCCUCGACCAAAGUUGCUCGCUGCCUCUCCUCGUCCCGCCUUCACUAACCAUGGCCGACCUGCAUGGUAUGUCGUCGACGUCGUCGACGACGAGCGCGACUGAUUUUCGUUGCAGAGCCGUCUAUCGUUCCCUUGCUCUCUCGGGCCCUUCAUCAUAUUCGCUCGACCCCGCCGAGAGUUAUAGCCUCCCCCGCAACACAGCCUCGCCGAGCAGCCGUUGCGCUCAUCAUACGUGUCUCACCACCUCCCUCCUAUACUAUCAAUCCUCAAAACACUGGGUCCCAGCCUGGCUCGCCUGCGCUUGCCCCAGCCUCCUCCCUGACCGAGUUCUUCCAGCUUGACUGGAUUAAUGCACUCGGGGCUCAGCCAGAAAUACUUUUCUUGCGCAGGGACAGACCUGAGUUGUCUGCCGACGCGGGUCGUAUGAGCGGCAGUGGUCCGCGCACGCGAGAGGCUCACGUCGCGUUCCCUGGAGGCAAGACCGAGGAGGGCGACGAGGGUGGUAUGUACACAGCUAUGCGCCAGACAUGGGAAGAGAUAGGCCUCGACCUAGCCGAAUCUGCGUAUACUCCCAUCGGCCAGCUUGAUGAUCGCGAGGUGACAACCUCUCUCGGCAAGCGCCUUCUCAUGAUUCUCUCUCCGUUCGUCUUCCUACAGCUUACUCCAUAUACCACACCUGUCGAUCCUGCACCCGGCACGACGCUUCACUGGGUGCCUCUUACCGAGCUUCUUCCGUACCCUCUGUCCAGCGGUGCUCAUAGGCGAACCAAGUCGAAGCAUCCUCGCUGGUCGCACGUCACCGUUGACGCAUCCUCGCGUCUUGCUCCACGACACUCCGCGAUGCUCCGUCUGCUAAUGCGUCUCCUCAUUGGGAGCAUGCAGUUCCCAGCAAUUAUCAUUUCGCCAUCCUCCUCAGCGGCCUCUGCUGAUUUGGCUUACUCGAGUGAAAGUGAGAAGGAACGCAAGGCAAUCGACGCGAAGCGCGCACAUGUCGAGAAUGGAUUUGCUGGCACAUUAGGUGGUGUCUUAAGGAGGCAACCUUCCUUGAACAAGCUGCGUCGGCGGUCGAAUACCGACGAGGAGCUGAAGCUCUGGGGCCUCUCGCUGGGCAUGACGCUUGACUUGCUUGCCCACAUGGCCGUGCCAGCGUCUGCUAUUCCCUCUGUUCCCCGAAUUGAGAAAGCUGAUAGCGAGAAGGCGAAGGGCAAGAUGGUAGAGAAGGAGGAAGAGGACGGACCGGUAGUGAACGCGAGUGCGCUGCUUCCACCGGACGCUGAGCUUCUCGAGAUGCUUCGCAUCCCGGUGGUGGCGCCGAGCCUGACGAGCGUGUUCCCGCGCUUCUCGUAUCCGGACGUGAAUUUCUGGAUCUGGGUGUUUGGCAAGCGCUAUCGGGCGGUAAUGCGCGGAUGGGAAGCGAGUGUUCGGGCGGGCGGGACGAAUGAUCGCAGGAUCAACUGGACGGGUUCUGCGCUCACGACGUUCUAUGCGGCGGUGCGCAAGGCACUCGUCGUCGUGCUUGUGUUGCGGGCGAUUGGCGUGUUGAUCGGCAUCCUUGUCGGUGCAUGGGUUCUGUUCUGGUAAAACAUCAUCGAUACUCAAGUGUAUGGACUUGAGACAUACAUACAUGGCGUACUCAUUUCCGUGCGCUUUUGGCUAUCUGCCUCUUGUUGUCAUAUUAUCCCCUUUUUCCUGUUGUUUUGUGGUCGCGGGUCUGUUAUGAUUCGUGUAGGUAUCUGCUGUAGUUGUUCCGAUCCCAUUGCUUGGAUACCUUGGGAUGUACAGGUCAAAUACAGAAUAAGCUUGUAUAAUGCAUGCCUCGAAAUCGUAUUCGAACGCGAAACCCGCCU